GCAGGUCGGGAGUUCAGUCUCGACGCGGCAGCGGCUAUCCUCGUGUCGCGCCACACGCGUGCGACGAUCACACGUGCGACAUGAUCAUGGGUGAGAAACGUGCCGUGCUGUGCCCGCGCAGACGACAGGUGCCCCUUCUGGUAGUGACCACUCUGCUGGUAGGCGUGCGUACGGAGCUUGUCGAUCCUAAAUUCAAGGAGCCAAUAGCCAAUGUAACCGCGCCGGUUGGAAGGGAAGCUAUUCUCUCCUGCGUAGUUCAAGAUCUCGCCGGAUACAAGGUGGCAUGGCUACGUGUGGAUACGCAAACCAUUUUGACGAUAGCGAGCCACGUGAUCACGAAGAAUCACAGAAUAGCGGUCUCCCACAGCGACCACCGAACGUGGUUCCUUCACAUACGAGAAGUGCGGGAGUCCGAUCGAGGCUGGUACAUGUGUCAGAUAAACACGGAUCCCAUGAAAAGUCAGAUCGGUUAUCUCGAAGUGGUCGUGCCGCCCGAUAUUCUGGACUACGACACCAGCACGGACAUGGUGGUGAUGGAAGGACGAAACGUGACUCUGCGUUGCGCCGCGACCGGUUCCCCGGCGCCUAACAUCACCUGGCGGCGCGAGGACGGUCAGCAAAUUCAGCUCGGAAACGGGGAGGAAGUUGCGAGCGUGGACGGUCCGAGCUUCAAUAUCACAAAAGUGAACCGGCUACAUAUGGGUUCCUAUUUAUGCAUCGCGUCCAAUGGCGUGCCCCCGUCUGUCAGCAAAAGAAUAAUGCUCACUGUGCAUUUUCCACCGAUGAUCUGGGUUCAGAAUCAGUUAGUCGGUGCCCAAGAAGGUCAGAAGCUGACUCUGGAAUGCUAUUCCGAAGCAUUCCCGAAAUCUAUUAAUUAUUGGACCAGAGAUCAAGACAAGAUUGUACCGCAAGGAGGAAAAUAUGAUCCGGUGCUGAAAGAUAACGCGUACAAAAUACACAUGAAGCUGACGAUAAACUCCGUCAGUCCGGCGGAUUACGGCUCGUAUAAAUGCGUGUCCAGGAACUCGCUGGGCGACACUGACGGCAGCAUUAAAGUCUAUCCAAUAUCGAGCUCCAAUUCCAGCAGCACCAAGUACAAAGGUAAAGCAAGACAUAAUUCAGGGAACAAUAAUAUCCUGGAGGGAAAUCAAGACAUGCUAAAAGAACGAGAUUUGAAACUACGAGGUCGUAAGGAGAACGGUGACGUGGCGGACUACGAUGAAUCGAGCGCUACCAGCAACGAUAGCUCAUUGCUGCUGGUGAUCCUCGUCGCGUUGUGCCUGUGCCUACAUCAUCAUCCACAGAUGCGAACGUUACAUCCAGCUUGAGAUCUACCUACCACGGUCCUGCACGCCAUCGCACGCGUAAUACGAUCAUCGAACCAUCAUCAUGACUUUGUACAUCCACUUGUAAAUCCAUCGCUCAGGGACUUCCGUCGAGGAUGAAUAUCGUCGAGGAUUGCGUUGACCACUUUAAACUUAAAACAAUAGGAUAAUAAUAAUAAUAAUAUAAAUAGUAUUAGUGGUGGCUAGCGUCAUUCGCUGGCGCAGUUCGCAAAGGGAGGAUUACGACUUAAGGGACAGUCAUUACGGACAGUUUCGGAACCAGAGUUCGGCGCGCAAAUCUACCCCAUGCGGCCGGAAUCACGUUACAAUGUUGGAGAACGCCUGAUUUAUUUUAAAGUUGCAUUAGCGGCUUGCAGAGGUAACUGAAAUAUUCAUGAAUUUUGAACAUUACGUCGAACAUUCACGAUUAUGUAAAGAUAAUGAUUUUUUCAAAAGAAAAUUUGAAUUAAAUUACUCUCGUUCUUAUAAUUCUCUUCCUCUAUUUAAUUUUACUUUUAAUUGAAAGAUAGCUCGUAUUUGCCUAUUAUCAAUGAUUUUAUUUUUUUGUACUAUAAGCGAUAUUCUAUGUAACCGAGAUAACGUUGCAUACAGCUAAUAAAUUCUUUAUGAAAUAAUAAAUGUGUGGGUAGAGUAUCUUUUAUCGAUCGACUGUAUGCAUUUUUCACCCUGCCAAGUUCGAUCGAAUCUUACAACGAGCAACAAAUAAAAUGUCCAUUGAGAUGAAAUGGACGUUUGUGGACAAGCAAGGCAACAAAACGAUAGACAGUUUGUACUGUUUCGCGUCAUUUUUAAUUGGCUAUCCAGACAACGAUGUAUCCCAACGUCGGGCGACUAUUACAAAGCGACGACCAAACGAUGCAGCGACGCGACGAUGUGGCUACGCCAAUUGCUGGGAAAGGCACUUACUGUCUAGAAGCUUAUUAGAGGAACUCUAUGCUAGAGCGAAGCUUCCAAUUCAAGUAAGGAAUGAACUGCUUGGGCAGCUUCACACACCCUACAGAUUUAUCAAAUAUAUUUUAAAGAAUACAAUUUAUACAUUGCGUGUAAGUGCAAAGGUAUGUAAAUUUUUAUUUAUUAUAAUUAUUUUAUUAUAUUUUAUAUUUAUUAUAAUUGUUUAAUUCUACAAGAAAUUAAGAAUAUUUCUUAUUUGUCAAAUUCUAAUUUGACUUCUUUAUGAUAUGAAAAGUAUUAAUACUUUUCAAUAUUAAAAAGAUAAGUAUAAUUAUUUUAUUUUAUAUUAUUUUAAAAAGUGCUUUGUUUUUCUUUAUGUGGAAGGACACGUAAUUCUUUUUCGCUAUUCAAAUCGCAGUAACGCGAGUAAUAGAGCAUUGUGCCAUGUAACUCGUCUCAUUAGGUAGACAGCUGUUUUUUCGAAUAAAGUUAUUAAUUAUACUUUGAAAGCUGCAUCGACGCAGUGACAUCGAUUGGCGUCGUUGUACAUACAUGACUUUCCGUAACUCUUGACUUGCAACUUAAAGCGAUCGCUGUAUGCAUAAGAAUAACUAGCAUUAAUCUCACAGAAUAUCCGAGGCGCAUUAUAAAAAUAGUUAUCGCUUGAAUAUUCGCACUAAAAAGAAAACCUCGGCAGACAUCCUGAACUGUCCAUUAAAAUUUUUACCGAGACGGACAUUUGCGUUAACAGAAACCUAUUCUAUAAUAACUCUUUGUAUAGUACCAUGUAUAAUAUAUUGAUAUACUAUGUAUAGGAUAUUGGUAUAUAAUUACUGGUGUGUGUAUAUAUAUAAAUAUCAUAUAGGCAGUAUACAUACACGUUCGACGAUGCCACGUCGGUAUUCUUUCGACUUUCUCCUAGCGAAACAUCAAAUGAUUAACGAUUUGUCCUAUUUUUGCAUAAAAACAUCUUAAGUAAUUCAUUAGGUGAAAAUAAUCUAAAUGCUUAUUUAUUUAUAAAUCUUUUUUAUUUUAAGAAAAUUUAAAGCAGGUUUUGAUUUCUACAAUUUUAAUUCAUAUUUCACGAAUAGAAUAAUAUAAAGAGUUAACGUUUCGGUGAUCGUAUUUUUCUCAAAAUAAGAAAUAUAUCAGAGAGUAUAUAUCGUAAUCUGUACAUAAUAUGCGUAAUAAGUACAAGACUGAGGAGGCACUUGGCGUCCUUAAAUAGUUUCCGAAUGGUCGAUGUAUUGCGUGUGAAUAUCUCUGACUUCAUUAUGUUCUAUAUAUAUUGUACAUACUGCAGUAGGCUGAUAAUUCACAUUACCACUGCCACAUCGAUACGAUCUGGCUAGGAAUAUCAUUUUUGCGCAAAAUAGAUACGAUUUCUCGACAAUACCUAACACAAACUCACGAUACAAUAGUUCAUUUAAUGCGUUCGGCCGAGUGUGAAUUAAUUAUUGGAACAUCACUAAGACUAUAUCAAUUUAUUCCAUGAACACACUGAUAGUUAUAACUGCAAUUUCCGUAUCAUUAAUUAUUAACGUUGCGCAACGUAUCAAUAUUUGCGUCGUAAUCGAUGCAAAUAUUCGCAGGGCUUCACUUAAGCUGUCAGAGCUUUGGAUAACACAUUCUAUAAACUGGGACACCCUGUACGGUCUGAAUCAUAGUACAAUAUCACGAUGCGGAGCUUGCACAUGGCGCUUUGUGUUUUCGUUCACUGAUGUAUGUAUACGUAUGCAAAUAGAGAGCUUAUUAUUGAAUAUCGGCCAUGAAAGAGAGUUUUGAAAUAGGUUAAGCAGACUACAAUAAGGAAAAACAAUAGAAGAAUAAAGGAAGAAGAGAAUUCUUAUUGAAUUGAAAGAGGGUAUUCGAGCAUUGAGAAACUAAAAGAAAUAGUAUGAAAAAUGGUAAAUGAGCUACGCAAACAUAUUACAAGAAAAGUUCGUCACGGAAAUAAAGGAAUUGAUCGAUUCUCUCUCAAUGUAGAGAUAAUUAAGUUAGCAACUUUUGUGUUUGAUGAUUGUUUGAUAUAAAAAUAUUUAGCUACUUCCCGUAUAUAACAUAAUUUUCUUAUCGAUAGAUUAACAUCUUUUUGCAAGCUCGAAGGCUUGCAAUUAACUUUGUAAAUAGAACGGCUUUGCAAGCUUAAAUACUCCAAACUAAAUACUUCAGAAUAGCGAGGGCAUCGAUAAUAUAUAUUCGAUAUUUAAAUAUACUCUGAAAUGAUUAUAACGAAUGCAGUUUGGAAAGAUAAUACUGCAGAAUAUUGUACAUAUAUCUCUGCGGAACACUGUACAUAAGAAUACAUAUCACAACAAGUAUCUGCAUUCCUUCGAUACGAAAAUAAAGAAAACAUUUUAACAUAAGAUAUCGUUAUCUGGAAGUGAAUCAAUGAAGUAUUUAUUGGUUUUUGCAAGAGCUGUCACUUUCAAAAUUUUAAUAAUUCUAGACAUGUCUAUUUUAAAUUUUAUGCAGCAUUACGAUGCUCGAAAAUAUGGAUACUGUGACAAACAUAAUACAUUUACUUUUGAGAUUUAUUCAUAACGUUUAAUUACUAUUGACGAAUAUGUCAAUUCUGUUAUUAAGGACAAUUUUCAACGUCUUAUUUAGCAUCAUACAUAUUGCAUAUCGAGUAACAUUUAUCAAUUGAGAUUUUAUUAUGAAGAGUUUAAACGUUCAUGAAUUAUUUACAAGUAAUUUAGCGACUGCGACAAUUAAACAAUAUAUUAUAUCCAGAGCAACUACUUUUGUAUCAUCGACAUUGUAGAUAACACAUUAAAUGCAUAAAGUCAUACUACACACGCAUAAGGAAUCAAUGGAGUGCGGGAUUUGUAAUAAAGAAUAUAAUACGAAACGUAGCUAAAUAAAGCGUCACUAGAUUAAGUACGUGACGAUUACCAUGUGGUCAUAUAUAAGGAAUAAAUAUAUAUUAAAAUGUCAUAGUGUGUACAGGUAGAAUGCAUUAUCUGUGCUGAUUGGUGGCGUAACUGUAUAUUUCUCUGCGUAUGUAUAAUAAACACGCGGAAGUUUUUCUCUCUCUCUCUUUCCUCCUUCAGAUGUCAUAGCAUUUCACAAAAUCUUGCUAUGAGGAUAAGAUUCCAUUGCAACAAAACUGUAACAAAUUGUAUACUUACUGAUGACGAUAAGGAGCACAUAUUUAUUUCUUAUCUCUAACAAAAUAAAAUUCAAACGCGACUUACAAGUCAUGAAUGUCUCCGCGAUAAUGCUGGUAUAGAUCAGUGUGUAACUAGCUUACUAAGUUAAUCAAUCAAUAAACAAAUGUAGAUUAACAAUGAUGUUCAAUUGCGUAGCUGUACGGCAAUUAUACUGCGAUGCUAGAUCUGAUCUGGUUGCGCCACUGCCCGUGCUUCUCGCACGCGAUCUAGUCCUGUAAGCACUAUCGGCAUCAGGAAGAAAUGUCCGUGUAUACAUGAAAUACAAAUUUAUUACUUA